UCCUCCACAACACGAACACCCGUAUGGUCUUCUGCAAGCCUAUUGAAGAAUAGUGACGGUGAUGACGACAGCAUCCCCUCGACCGUCACGUCCAUGAUCUAACACCUGCACAGUUUAAGUGCUUAAUACAACUCUAUCGGACGCGGAUCGUUGGUGCUGCUUGCACUGUCUAUACCCAAUGAUCUGUAUAGACGAACUGCCACCAUCUUAAAAUCUUUGAAAACAAAGUAGGAAAAUACAAUAAUUGGCUAUUUGUCAAUACUAAAGGGAUUUUUCUAUAAUUAGCCCGCUUCCAAUUGAGGAUAACAUCUAAAAAAUAAAAAACAGUCGUUUGGUUGGGGUUGCCUUUGUUUCCUGGUGAGAGAGGAAAGACUGAACUGAUGCUUCGUCGAACACCCGAUCAUCAGAGUUGAUGGUAAACAUAAAAAAUGGGUAGAAUUGAACCUAAGCGGACGAUCUCCGAGGCUCACUAUUGGACCAUCGACUCAUCUAUCUGACCUUGACAGACAGAACCCGAUUGAUUAAACAGUCAAUAACCAUCAGACAGAGUCUGCCAUAGGAAUACAUCGAGGACCCAGGAACACAAACACACACACACACCAUCAUUCCUGAUGGCGCUUGAGAACUCUGUUUUCACCUUGAGCCCCGAGUCCCUCUCUCCCCCCGUGGUGGAGAAAGGGAAGGUGCAGGUGGAAGAGGCUUCCGAGGUGAUGGUGUCCACCGGAGUGUUUCAUGUGUCCGAGGAACUGGGCCAUGUGGUUACGACAGAUACCGCCCAUCCCUCCGCUAACAGAUCGUGGAAGUCCAAGCUGGCAGAGAGGCAGGCAAAUGCAGCAUCUGAUGAGUAUGUUAAGAAGCUGCCUCGGGUGAUGGAGAAGGAGAGGGGCAGAUUUGGCUGGGCUAAGAGACGUAAGAGGCAGCGCUAUGUGGAGAAGAAUGGCAGAUGUAACGUGUCGCAUGGCAACAUGAGGGAGACGUACCGUUAUCUGACAGAUAUCUUCACCACCCUGGUGGACCUCAACUGGCGCUGCUCUCUCUUCGUCUUCGUUAUGGCCUACGCCAUCACCUGGCUCUUCUUUGGAGCCAUCUGGUACCUGAUAGCUUACCUCAGAGGGGAUCUAGAUCAUCUGGAGGAUGAGACAUGGACACCGUGCGUCAACAACGUGAACGGAUUCAUCUCGGCCUUCCUCUUCUCCAUCGAGACAGAGACCACCAUCGGUUACGGCUACCGUGUCAUCACUGACCAGUGUCCAGUGGGCACCAUGCUGCUCCUGCUCCAGGCCAUACUGGGAUCUAUGGUCAACGCCUUCAUGGUGGGCUGUAUGUUUGUGAAGAUCUCUCAGCCCAAUAAGCGAGCAGAGACCCUGGUUUUUUCUAAGAAUGCAGUGAUCUCUCUGAGAGAUGACAAACUGUGUUUGAUGUUCCGGGUGGGGGACCUGCGCAGCUCCCACAUUGUAGGGGCCAACAUGAGGGCCAAACUCAUCAAGUCUAAACAGACUCAGGAAGGUGAGUUUAUCCCUCUGGACCAGACAGACAUCAGUGUCGGUUUUGAGACAGGGGACGACCGCCUGUUCCUGGUGUCUCCACUGGUCAUCUCCCACGAGAUUGACCACCACUCGCCCUUCUGGGACAUGUCUCAAGGCCAGCUGGAGAAAGACGACUUCGAAAUGGUCGUCAUCCUGGAGGGAAUGGUGGAGGCCACUGGUAUGACGUGCCAGGCGCGGAGCUCUUACCUGGCAGAUGAGGUCCAGUGGGGUCACAGGUUCAGCCCUAUGAUGUCACUGGCCGAAGGGUUCUUUGACAUCGACUAUGGCGCCUUCCAUCAAACCUUAGAGGUGGACACACCCUCCUGCUCAGCGCACGAACUCUCAUUGGCUGCGGCCCGAUUGGAGGCUCAUCUGUAUUGGUCGAUCUCCAGUAAACUGGAUGAAGAGAAAUGGGAAGGAUCUUCUCUGACCAACCAAUCAGGAAAGCAGCUAGACAAUGGAAAAGGAGGGGUUGUUGGUCCCACAUUUAUUGUCGGAGAGAUCACUAGAAUACAAGAGCAGUCAGGACCAGGAGAGUUGAAUGGUUGUGUCACCACCGACCAGUCAGAAUCGGAGGCCUAAAGUAGAUCUGGUAGAGUUCCAAAAUGGCACCCUAUCCCCUAUACAGUGCAUUACUUUUGACCAAAGCCCUGUACUAUAUAGGGAAUAGGCUGCCAUUUGGGACAUACUUUCAAUCAAUGUCAUGACAGGAGGACCCACAACUACAGUACUGUAAAUGAUUUUUAGCUAAUGUAUAAUAUACAGCCAUAGAACAUUUGUUCCCAAGGGAGAGAUGGGUGGUUUAGAAAGGCUCAUUGUUACUUCAUUGCUUUGUUUAAUAACACUGACUAGAAAUGACAAAUUAUAUCAAUUACAUUUUGUCUUUAUGAUAUUUAAUUCUUACCAUGAGCAUCUGUGCUACACUAGAAUUAUAUUAUAUCUUCUAUUGUUAUUGCUCUAAUCACCUCUGCCAAUAUACAUGAUAUUAAUUAAUACACUGUUAUUUCAAAGAAUGAAGUAUUGACAAUUCUUAGUCAGGAAAUAGGAUGUUCAGCCAGGUAGGAUACUGAAAUGUUCAGAGACACAGAAAGAGCAGCUUGUUUUGGAACAUUCUGGAAUGUUCAGAGGCAGAAAGAGAAGCAUGUCAUGUGUUGGCUGAAUGGGAGAGACAAUGUUUAAAAAGGAAAGAUGUAUUACAGACAAUGGGAUAGUGUGAUAGAAGAGACCACGUAUGUUUUUCACUUUAACGUGUAUAGAGGAUACAAAGGAAUAGAUUGAAAUGGUAUCUCUAAAUCUGUAUCUCAAAAACAAAACAAGGAUUGUUUUAAAAGAUAUAUAGACGUGUACAUUAAGAAUGGAUGACGUUAAAACAACCUCCGUUUUGUGACUCUAAUAGAUGUAAAAUAAUUUCUGUGUUCACUUAAAUGUUCACAUCACAAGUACUUUAGCUUUUCACUGACCCCAUCCCAAUAGGGUGAGUAGUGGAAGUAGUCAUCUGACAAGUUUUGAGAUAAAACCAAGCAUUUGCUCUCUUGGGAAUGUUUCAGUGCGCUUAAGUGGCACAAUGAAAUAUCUUCUUUCGCCAGCCUCAUAGGAUUUAAGCACAACAAUGUCCUGCUCAGCUCAGCCCAACCUCCUGCUUCUGCUGCUGUGUACAUUUGUGAGCAUUUUUAAUAUUGAAAAAUUCAUUCUAUAAGAAUUAAUAAACUAUAUUCCACACCAA